AUGAUUAUGAUAUCAAAUCCAUGUGACACUUUCCACAAUAUCCAGUGCUUCACCAAAGCACUAAAAGUGCUGUUCGCGCCGACCGACGGCUGGGGACACAUCAACGCCUGUCAGGGAAUGGCCGACGGUCUCCGAGAGCGCGGCCAUCGGGCUAUCUUCGCGGUGGCCGCCAAGUUUGCACCAAAACUGCGAGCAUCGGGCUAUGAAGUGGAACUGUUGACUGUGACCGCCGAGGGACAGGUGCUCACUCCGGGUGCUGCUGCAAAUCAAGGUGAAAAUAAUUUUGUUGCUGAAAACCUGGAGGUGUUUAAGACGAGUGCCAUAAAUGUGGUGGAAAUGUACGUAAAAUUGUUUGGCGAUCGACUUUGCGGUGCGUUGCGGGCCAGAGAUACCUUGUUUCGGGAGAUUAUCGGUAGAUUUAGACCCGAUGUGAUAGUUGUGGACACUUAUGUCAGCUCUCCGUAUAUCGUCUAUUCGGGCGUUCCCUGGGUUUGGCUCUAUUCAGCCUCACCUCUAAUGAUGCUCAACGACUCACGGCUACCACCGGCCUGGUUAGGUCUACCAACUGUAGGCAAUACCAGUGAAUGGUUAAAACAUCGAUCACAAUUAGAGGUUGUUUUCAAGAAGUGUUACCAAAAAGUGAACGAAUGGUACGAAUCCGAAGGCUUUCCACCCCUGAAGAGCACAUCUUAUUGUAAUUUGCAUCCAAUCUCUCCGUAUCUCAACAUUUAUAUGACUCCCGAAGAGUUGGACUAUAAAAAAGUGCAGCCAUUGGCCCACAACUGGCAUAGAGUGGACAGCUUUGUCCGCACAACCGACGAGACGUUUGAGAUACCGGAGUGUCUUUGCAAUUGGUCGGGAAAGUUGAUCCUCCUAUCCAUGGGUUCGUUCGGUGGCUCACAUCUGGAGCUCAUGACUCGGUUGACCACCAUUUUGGCCAAAUCUGAGCACCGGUUUAUAGUAGCGAAAGGUCCCCUCCAUGAUAAGUAUGAAUUACCGAACAAUAUGUGGGGCCAAAAAACUUUACCGCAAACAGCAGUCAUACCAUUAGUUGAUUUAGUGCUAACACACGGCGGCAACAAUACUGUGACCGAGACUUUCUAUUUCGGUAAACCAAUGCUUGUAUUACCCCUUUGGGCGGAUCAGUACGACAACGCACAGCGCCUGCAGGAGACGGGUCUUGGCUUAAGACUUAAUCCUUUCCAUUGCACUGAAGAGGAAUUGUUGACAUCAAUCGACAAAUUGGUUAACGAUUCAGAUUUGGCUCAAAGAAUGAAAUCAAUUGGCGAUAGGAUUAGGGAAAGCAAUGAUAAGCAAUUUUUACCGCAAUUUUCAAAAUACAGUCAACGUAAGCUAACAGUGCUGUUCGCGCCGACCGACGGCUGGGGACACAUCAACGCCUGUCAGGGAAUGGCCGACGGUCUCCGAGAGCGCGGCCAUCGGGCUAUCUUCGCGGUGGCCGCCAAGUUUGCACCAAAACUACACGCAUCGGGCUAUGAAGUGGAACUUUUGACUGUGACCGCUGAGGGACAGUUGCCCACUCCGGGUGUUGAUGCAAAUCAGGGUGAAAAUAAUUUUGUGGUUAGAAACCUGGAGGUGUUUAAGACGAGUGCCAUAAAUGUGGUGGAAAUGUACGUAAAAGUUUUUGCCGAUCGACUGUGCAGUAAGUUGCGGGCCAGGGAACCCUUGUUUCGGGAAAUUAUCGGUAGAUUGAGACCCGAUGUAAUAGUUGUGGACACUUAUAUCAGCUCUCCGUAUAUCGUCUAUUCGGGCGUUCCCUGGGUUUGGCUCUAUUCAGCUUCACCUCUAAUGAUGCUCAACGACCCACGGCUACCACCGGCC